UGAGAGUUUAGAUAAAGAUUCAGGUACCACAGCUACAUUUAUGGAAAAAAUGCUUGAAAAGAUGAAGUUGAAGUUUGAUAAGUAUUGGGGAUCUUGUAAUUUAUUGAUUUCUAUAGCGGCUGUUUUAGAUCCUAGAAACAAAAUGAAGUAUAUUGAGUGGUGUGCUGACAAUUGCUAUUCUGGCGUGGAAGGGAUUGAACUUAAAGUAACAGUUUUUGAGACAUUGCGAAACUUGUAUGCUGAAUAUGUAGAGGCUUAUAGAGUUAGUACUAGUACUACUAAUAUUGUGAGAAAUGCUAGUGAUGCUCAAACAGGAAGUUCUAGCAAUGUUAGUGGUGUUAGUAGUGUGAAAUCUUGUACAAGUAGAAGCCAAAGCAAAUAUGAAAGCUUUAGGAAAACUGUUACUAGUGUUGAUCAAAUGAAGUCGGACUUUGAUUUGUACUUUGAGGAGGCAGUUGAAGAAUGGAAUGAGCCGACUCAGUUUGAUGCAAUUGGAUGGUGGAAGAUGCAUAGGAUAAAGUAUAAGAUCCUAUCAAAGAUGGCUUGUGAUGUGCUAUCAAUUCCCAUAACCACAGUAGCUUCAGAGUCUGCCUUUAGUGCUGGUGGUAGAGUUAUUGAUCCACAUCGUGCCUCUUUAGGAGUGGAUACUGUGCAAAUGCUACUUUGUGCCGAAGAUUGGCUACGAGCUCGCUACGAGAUCAAGGGAAAAGCCAAGGACAAAGAGAAUACCAAAGAGAUCACUUUCACUUAAGCAUGUCAUCAAU